ACAUUUCAAGAACCUGACAAAUCUAUGGUUCCUGCAGAUGGGAGUCGAGUGACUUGCUCCCGCAACAAGCCUACCUGCCAAAUGCAGGUUUCCCCCCACGAACGCAAGCUGACUUGCAUAAAGCUAAGAAUGCCUGUUACCUUUUGACACAUGGAUCGUAGCCUUCUCCUCUCCAAAGAGAAAAAAAAAAUUGUCAGCCUUGUGCCAUGCAUGUGAAAGAUGUCAUGACGCAGAUCAGAUGUCCAAGCUCCCAAAAAAUAAAAAUAGGCUCUUCUCGCAAACUUAAGCUUCACAACACCACACUUCAUGUUGUUGACAACUCCUGUAAGGUCCUCCACCAGGUCUGGAUUUAGGAGGAUAGUUCGCUCCCUUUCUACAUUGUCGUCGAAUCCUCAUAUUUAUGUCUUCCCAGACCCAACAUCAAAUUCGCACAUCCUCUCGCUCCUCCCGACGAAUCCCCCUUCGCAGAAACUUGCAAUUGGCACAACGACCCAAAUACCACCUACUCCUAACUCCUUGACGGAGAACCACCAUUUCCUCUCCAUACUCCAAGAUGUGCUUCGUCUGCACGCUCCUUCCGAUCCCCUAGUCCAGGGCCAAGCUGCUGCGUUUGCGUCUACAUCCGGAUCUGCUCUAGGAUCAGGAGGCAUGUUCUUCCCUCAGCAACCAAAGAGACGAGGGGGUGCAAGCGGGACGUCUGGAGAUGGAGCGGGAGGAGCGAGUAGUCAAGGAGGAGCCGGUGGAGGAGGAAGAGGUGGGUGGGUGCAUGUUAGUGAUUUGAGGGCUCCGCCGGAUUAUGGGCGGAUUGCGUGGCCGGAGGAUAUCUUUGGGAGCUUGGAGGUUGAUGGGAGGGGGCAGUUUGUUGAGGCGGAGGAUGGGACGAGGGGGAAUUGGCAGGCGAGUGGGACGUAUAGGGUUAUUACGAGGGAGGGAAUAUUGGGGUUGGGUGAUUUCUUGAGGGGGAAGUUGGUGGAGAGGUUGAGUGAGGAGGAAAAGAAAGAGACAAGGUAGGACUUUGAACAGAGCACGGAUAUUUUUGGAAGCUCGGACAACGAGGUUGGUACUUCGUAAGUCGAUGGGGUGUAGGCGAUAUGAUGCCAUUCAGAGCUCUUGGAGUGAGUGCUGACUGUUGCAUUGCGGAGCUAUUACCUGGAUCUUGCGUGAUAUAGGUAUCACAAGCAUCCCUCACCAUAACCUACUCGCC